AAGCUAUAAAUACCGCAUCUUCGGAUUCCCAAAACCCAAGCAAGAACCACAGUAAUAAUCACCAUCAUCACACAUUUAAACCACACUUAGAAAAAUAUCCGAUUUUUAUCCAAUCCAGAAAGAAAAAAAUGAAGAGUGUUAUAGCAGUGAUUGCAAUUAUUGCCGUUUUCCAAUUGGCUGUUCAACACGGGCAUGCAGUUACAUGCGGUGAGGUGGAUGUUUCACUAGUGCCAUGCAUUAAUUACCUUAUCGGGCACGACAGCAGCCCAUCACCGGCUUGCUGUGCGGGGGUAAAAGCGGUAAAAGGGAUGGCUUCGACCACAGCCGACAAAAGGACUUGCUGUGGCUGUGUCAAAGCUGCCGCUAACCGCUACACCGACUUAAAGGAUGAGGCGGCUCAGAGCCUGCCCACUAAGUGUGCCGUUCAGCUCGACAUUCCUAUCUCUCGUACUGUCGACUGUACCAAGAUCAACUAAGAUGGGAAAAGGUAUGAAGAAGAACGUGCUGCAGCUAAUGUAUGAGGCGAUUAAUAUUAGAAUUAUGUUUAGUUACCAAAAGAAUAAGUUGGGAAAAAAAAAAAGACAGAUUCUUGAUCAAUUGUUCAAGAAGCUAGUGUCAAUUUAUU